UGAUAGUGAAGAAUAUUUACAAAGGACAACAAUACAACCUUUAUUUAGGUAAUAAAUGAUGAAGUUAAAAGAUAGUUAGCGAUUAAACACGAAUAGUCGGAUGAUAUUAAUUCAUCUAACCACUUAGAGAAAUAUUUUCUGAUUAAAAUGAAGAAGUAUAUUUCACUGUAAUAUUGUAGAUAAACAUAGUAGAAUGAGGCUAUUCCAGAACUUUAGUUUCUAAUUAGAUUAAAAGAUUGUAACGAAAUUAUUUCCUAAAUUAGUCAAUUGUGUUCCCUUCCUUAUCGAUCAUGGAGAAUAAGUGAUUAAAGGAUCAAAAUAUCAUUACCAAAUUAUGGAACGACAUGGUCCUUCUAUUAAACUUAUAUACAAUUAUUUAUCUAGAAAUAUACCAUUACCAAUUUUAUGUUUGAUAGCAAUUUAAGCAGUAUCAACUCUCUAUUUUAUUCUUAGUUAAAUUGUCUAGAAAUUAUUCAUAAACAUUAGAUUGUUCAUCGUAAUAUUAGACCAAAAAAAUUGUUACUUUCAACAACUGGUAAUGAAAUUUUGUUAAGUGAUUUCAAAUAUGCUUGCAAAUUUAAAAAAUAAUAUGGAUCAUUAAUGGUUAAUGAGAAUUACAAAUUAAAUUCAAACAAAUUAUUUCUCAAUAAAUACUCAAGUGUCAAUCAACAUCUUAAUUAAGGUAAUCAAUAAUAUUUAUUAUUUUUUAGGUCCUACACCAAAAGAUGAUUUAGAAUCUUUAGCUUAUAUUUUACUUAUGUAUGCCUCUAAUUCAAAUGUAUUUUAAAUUAAAGCAGAAAACAAACUACUUAAACUUAAAAAAUUAGAGAGUAUUAAAAUAUCAAUUAUUCCUGAAAUUGCUUUUAAAUAAGCUCCACUUGAAUUUAUUCAUUUCUUACAUCUUGUUAAAACUAGUAAUGCUAACGAUUAUCCAUAAGAUUAUGAAAAAUUUAAGCAAUUAUUUAGAAAAAUCAUUCAGACUAAUGGAUACACAGAAAAAGAACUCUCUUAUCCUUUNUAUUUAUUAAAUCUGAGCAAAAAUUCUUUUGA